GCCGAAAAGUGUCGAUGUUAAGUUGCAGUUGCCGGAAACAUGUUUUCAAAUACCCCUCAUCCCAAAGAAAAAAAAAAGCGCCUAAUCUGCUAACCCACAAGAUUCAUUAGGUGCCUAUAGAUUCAUAUUUUAAACCGUCUUCUUCUUCUUCAACUUCUUGCGACGACCUUUAAACUCGUAAUGGAUGCAGUCACUUCUGCAGGGGUCUUCCCGAGUACAAAUAGUUCUCCGUACUUGGUAAAGAAUCGGAUUCGACCUUGGACAUGCGCAAUUCUAACAUCGAUUGGAUGUAGUCGUUGUUUUGAGAUCUUGCUCACUAUUGUGGUACCGGGUACCUGGAAAUGACAAACUAUGACGAUGACUCGGAGUGGACGUGCCGGGACAAUAUUAAUAAUAUGUAAUAUUACGCGGGUAAGGACUAUUCGCUUGGCCCCACACAAGCCUUGGGCGGCCGCCCCGUGCGCCUUGUACUAGUUCCAGCCCUGCCUAAACGAAUGUUAUAACUCAAGGUAAUUGUUUCCCCACAAGAAAAUGAUAAUAGAAUAAAUUAAAUUAAAUUAACUUAAAAUGUCGGCUGCUUAAGUGAAGAAUAUUUUUUUUAUAGAAAUGGAAAACAAAUAUUAAAUUGAUAAUCCAUCGCUAAUCAUUUGUAUGCGCCAAUACUUUUUUGAAUUCAGCUGAGAUGUUUUGCAUUCCAGCCCCCCACCAUGAGAUGGCUGACGAGAAAGCGUUCUGUUCUCAUCGGCGGAUUUCUCCUGGUUCAUCUCAUCGUCCUGGCGUUUAACAAUCGCUUCCAGAUCGUCCGUUAUAUGAAAGAUAGAAGUUCCGCACUUGUUGAAGCAUCAAAGCGCUUCCGUGGUGAAGCUAGGGCCGAUGUUGCGAAGUCUGCUGAAACCACUUCACCUCGAAACAAUGCUGGGAGACCGGACAAUAAUGUUUCAGUGCAGAAUUCUUUGCGAGGAGAUACCGAUGCCAGAAGAGGCACUCCUGAAAAGGGGGACCACCCUUCUGACAACACCUUCCCCACUCCGAGUGAUCAUUCCGUAAGUUUAAUGGAGACUACAACACCAGGGACUUCAGUCAGUGGUGGAACGUCUCAACAAGUGAGCACACCGUCAAGCGGAAACAAGACAGCAGGAGCCAUCGGCUCACUAUCCUCCCCUGUAGAGACAUGCUUCCGUUCGCCUUAUUUCCUGUGCGACCAAGACCAGCCAAAAACCGCCCCCAACCGGACGUUUAAAAUUGGUUAUUACGGACGGCCGCACUGGCAACGCAUCAGCGUGUUUAACUUCUCCCGCUGCAGGUUCUCAAACUGCGUGUACCAAGGCGACAAGGUGACACCUGACACAGACGUGGUGCUCGUGUACGCUGUAGGACUUAGAGAUCACUUCAAGCCUCCAAAACUGUUGCCCCAUCAGAUGUACGCCAUCACAGACUGGGAGCCCCCAGACCGAGUUUCAGCAACAUUUCUGAACAGUAAGUCCGCACGGUGUAGUCUAUAGACUUAAAUUCACUCAAAGAGUGUUUGGUAGAUUUUGGGAUAAGCGACCGGACAAAACAGACCAACGGAAUACUGCUAUUGUAAUCAAAUGACAUGUGGGUGAAGUGAUUACGUCAAUCCAAUGUGAGUUAAAUGUACUGCGGGUACAUUAAAGCAAGGGCAUACGGUUACUGUCGGUUACUGUCGGUUUACUGUCGGUUACUGUCGGUUACUGUCGGUUACUGUCGGUUUCUGUCGGUUUCUGUCGGUUACUGUCGGUUUCUGUAUCCUAAUGACAUGUGUGAACAAUAGUAAAAUGACGCAUGUGUACUUUACUCUAAUGUUACACAGGUACUUUAAUCCAAUGCCAUAAGGUAGUAUAGUGGAAUGACAUGUGGUAAAAUAGACAAAUGACAUUUUUUUUUUUUACCCAAUGGCGUAGGGUAUUAUAGUUCAGUUCCGUACGAAACUCUCAUCUGUUAAACAUGUUUAUUUUGUCAUUCAAUGGCUGUAUUGAAAUCGAAUAUCCUGAUUCUACUCUAAGCAGAGUACAGGUGAUCGACAGCAUGACAUUCUAGGAUUAAAUAUAUCAAGAUGGUUCUUACAUUAUUUUAAAGAUUUUCAUUGGCAAAUGGUUGUCCCUUGAAGGGGGAACGCCGUCCCGGGAGGGGGGUGGAUGGAAUAGAUCACGAAAUAAUUUUGUGCCAGAAAGGGACAGGUAUGUGUAUUUAAGAGCCUGGAUGCCAAGUUAACUUCAAUAUGAAAUCGCCUAAUAAAAUACAAAUUAAAAAAAAAAAACUAUGCAAAUUUGUCACAAUAAUAAGAUAUAGGAGCCAGAAUGAUCUAUACAUUGAUUGGUUGGUCCUCAAAAUAUUGCAGAAGGAGAUAUCGCACAACCUCUUGAAUACUAUAAUUCUUUUUAAAUUACUUUAACACUAUUUCAAAUAUGCAAUUUAGUUCAUGCGUUAAAUCUUUCAAAGUUUACUAUUCCCGUCAACCUCUCUCCAACACUUGAGACAUAGGCUCGUUGACGAUGACAACACAUUCUGUCCAAUGUUCAGCCCCAUCCCUUAACCCCUUAAAUAUUUCCUUUUGUUUGUUUUUUUUUUCUAAAAUGGUUGGAGAAGUAAAUCUGCAGUAUACAAGCAGGUGGGUCAUUAGAAUAUUAAUAGUGUUUUCAUGGGCGGUAAGAAAAUGAGCGUUUGGGAGCCUUUCGGGCAGGGGAGGGGCACUAAUUCAGAUUCUUAAAAAAUGCAUUACUUCUAUAUAUGUAGGUUUUUUUUCAAAUUUUCAGUCCCACCCCCCCCCCCACACCCACCCAAAAAAAAAAAAUUGUUCGAAAUAAUAUUUUCUGAACGAUUUUUACGGUAAAUUUUGUUUUUAAGGGUUGUUUAAUUCGUACUUGCACAAGGUUGUUGUUUUUAGGUUUUUUUCAAAAUUUCCACCCCCCCCCCCCCCCCACACCCACCCAAAAAAAAAAAAUUGUUCGAAAUAAUAUUUUCUGAACGAUUUUUACGGUAAAUUUUGUUUUUAAGGGUUGUUUAAUUCGUACUUGCACAAGGUUGUUGUUUUUUUUUUUUAAUGAAUGAUAUAUCACACUACACGUGCACCAACAUACUUUACACAAUCUCUCUCACAUUUUGUAAUACUUUAGGUGACCAUGGGAUACAUGUACAUGCGUGUAAUGGACCGACCUGAUUUGGCGAUAAAACUCAUGUUGGUUAUGAACAAUGCGUCAAAUUAUUGACCCGAAGUAUCGACUCUUCACACAUUAAAGGGAAGAGUUGUUACAUAAAAGAAAAAUAAUUGAUUACCCCACGGCUGUCGGGGGGGGGGGGUGUGUCAGGCUCACGUGAUGUAACAAAAGCUAUUAAAGAACUUUUUAAUGUUUUUUUUUUUUAUCAAGUAUCAAAUUUUUUUUUACAAUGAUAAAUAUUAUGAUGUAACAAAAGCUAUUAAAGAACUUUUUAAUGUUUUUUUUUUUUAUCAAGUAUCAACUUUUCUUUGACAAUGAUAAAUAUUGACAAGGUGGUUUUUUGGUUGGGGGGGGGGGAGGAGGGGGGAGUAUACUUUUUAAACUGAAAAUUUAAGGAAAAAAAAUUGAUUGACACAAAUCUUCGUGUGUUGACUUUGUGGAUAAAUAUUUGACCUGCCUGUCCAAGUACUACGUUGUUAAUACUACUUCUUAAGAGGGAAAACUCACAACAAAGCCACCUAUAAAAAAUUACCUUGAUAUAUUUCCAAUGCAUACACACACACACACACACACAAAUAUUAAAAUAUUCACUUCUCCAUCAUGCUUUGACAUUUAAGUUACGAUGUUAAUGAAUAUAGUCUAGCUCUAUACAUUCUUUAGCAUCAGAGAUUGGAUUGGAAAUAUUCUGCAACAAAUUCAUAUGAUCAAAAACAUUGUUUAGCUUCAGAUCCUUGUUCAUUUUUUUUUUGGGGGGGGGGGUUCAUUUUUGUUUCAUUUUUUGGUUGAUUUUUUUUCUCACCAUUGCCCUGAACAUGCAUGAUCACCAGAUGCGAGUUCCGUGUGGAACCACGUCUUCAACCUGACCAUCACGUACAGAGUUGACUCGGACAUACCCGUACCAUACUCGAGACUUAAACCUAACCCGAAGUCUAAUGAGGAAAGACCCAAUUAUUGUAAGAAUAGAGCUUUAAACUUUUUUUUUUUAUCUUUUCAUACGUCUCACUUGAUAUUAUUGUAUUUUCUAUAACUAUAAUAUUUUAAAUAGAGAGAAGCAAAUCAAACCAUUGGUAUGCAUCAAAGAUUUUGAAUGCUUGGACACAACGACAAACCCAGCUUGAUUGAAACACACAAACAUAACCGGAUUUUAGCUUAGCUUAUAAGAAUUUGUAAUUUAAUCAUAGGAACAACCAGGCAAGGCAUACACACACAGUCAGAUUCAUUUUUAUUUUUAUAUUUGUAAUAGAACAAGUACUUAUAAUAGUAAAUGGAUUAUAAUUUGUAUAUUAUUAUUUUUAUUUUUUUACAUUUUUGAUUUUCUAAACUGUAAUUUCAUUACUAACCAUGGAAAUUUAAACUUCAUAUUUUCGGUCGAGCUUUAAAAUAUUAAAAAUUCCCAGGAAUAUUAGGUUUUUAUCGUAAUUAUGUCUUCUUUAGAAUUUAGCAAGCUUGAUACAUUUUUGUCUCAUUCAUGUUGAAACGUCAUAUAUCUUGGUCUCAUUCGUGUUGAAACUUGUUAUAUUUUGUUCUCAUUCAUGUUGAAACUUGAUAUAUUUUGGUCUCAUUCGCGUUGAAAGCGUCUAGUUAUAAAACAAUCAGCAGCCGAAAGUUCAAAAGGCUUGAUAUGACUUGAAAUAACGAAUCUUAAAAAUGCUUCAACACAGACGGCAAUAACGUUAUGAUUCGCUAAACUGUACCAGAAUGUAACACAGAAACGUUGACCCCCUGAGUAAGAAUAACGUUGGGGAAAGCUCUAAGUUGUUUCUUUAAUAUAUAUAUAUAUACACACAUUGCCUUUCUUAACCGCCUUGUCAAACCCUAACUGUGCCGCAGAUGAAAUCGCCAAGCAGAAGAACAGGACGGCAUUAUGGUUUGUGACCAGGUGUAACGUCCCGUCAAGGCGAGCGGACUAUGUUAAAGAAAUGCAGGUUAGUGUUUAUGCGGCAGGUGUAAUUAUUUCUCUUUUUCUGUUCAAUUAAACUUCUUAUUUUAAAUAAAUUUUUGUGUGUUUGUAAGUUGAGAAGCAUCAGAUUAUUAUAUUUUUAGAAAUCAAAAUUAUCCAUUAUCCAUUUCGUAAUGAUCUGAUUUAUCGUGUUAUCCAGUCUUAGUCAAGAAGUAAGGCAUAUUUAAUAAAUGUAAUAUCUAAUUACUCUUAAUUUCUCGAAAAGCAACACUGGAACUUAAGAUGACCAUGAGAGAAUAACUCACUCAAAACUUGUAUACCUUAGAUCAAGUCAAAUUAUUCUUAAUUUUGCUUUUGACACUUUUUUUUUCUUUAAAUUAAACAGUUGAACACGAUAUGUUUUAGCCUUUGAUAAGAAAAGACAGGACGACCAAAUGGACGUUUCGCCGAGAUGCCUUCUUCAGCAGGCGAUGCAAAACAAGAAACAACAGAUACUUAAGAAGAAAGUAUUCCAAAUCAUAAAGAGCUUCCAGUUCUAAACAACAAACUCCAUUGAAAAUAAUGAGAUUUUCACCACAAAAACAACUAAGAUUGUAUUUCUGUUUUUUUCGGAAAGAGUAUAUCUUUUUUCCUUGUCUUAUAUCGUCUGCUGAUGGAUGAAGGCGUCCAGGAGAAACCUCACUUUAACUGUCCGACUGUUGCUUUACAUGCCUACAAACUUAACAACGCUUGUACGCCGUUUCGUCUAAAAAAAAAUAUUAUAAUUUUUUUUAAUCUUCAAGUACACAUUGGGCAAACUACGACACAUUUAAUUUUUUACUUGCGAUCGAGUUUCGAAAAAUUGGGCGUAUUGUUUCCCUCUUUUUAUUAUACGGCAUUUUACUCUUAAAUGUAAUUUUUUUUUCAGAAAGUGCGUGACAUCUAUUAUUUAAUCGUUAAAGACUACCUCAUUUCAGUCAUUAUUUUUACUUAUCUUAACUUUUUUCAUUAUAAACAUUUAGUAAAAUAUUUUUUUAUUACCUGUCAACGUUCAGAAAUACAUCGACGUUGACAUAUAUGGCCAGUGUGGAAAGCGAUGCUCUGGUGGAGAGUACUGCACGGAAGAUUUCCUACAGUACAAGUUCUACUUGUCGUUUGAGAACUCCUUCUGUACCGACUACAUAACAGAGAAACUCUUCCGGAAUUUCGCUCCCGGCCGGCACAUCAUCCCGGUGGUGCGGGGUGGCGGCAGCUACGACAAGUAUUUCCCCAAGGGACUGUUCAUCAACGCAGCUCACUUCAAGACACCUAAGGCGCUGGCACUUCACCUCAAGGAGCUCGCGUCUGACCCCAUGCAGUACAGUAAACAGUUGGCAUUCAAAGACUCGUACGUGUUAGGGGAAGAUACACUGUUACAUGAAGCUGGGUGUGAAAUAUGCACAUAUUUUAACACACAAGUCGCUCAGCCGAAAAAGUAUGACAUGAAAAAGUGGCUUUACGAUGGUCACUGCAAGAAGGCUUCUGAAAUAAGUUGGCCUGCUGAAUAAUUGUAUGCUCUUCUUUUUAGUCUGUAUUGUUAAUUUAAUAUUAGGAACUAAUUAGCGUGUGCUUGUAAUGUGCAUCUUCUCUUCAAAAAAAAAAAAAAAUAUUUGUAUGCGACAAGCUUCAUUUUUUAAAUUUAUUUUAAAAACAUGAUUAGUCUGAGCCUUAGUUCACCAAACAGUGUUGCGGGCAUUGAAUAUCCUCUAACUUCAAGACACAUGCAUGGAGUGAUAGCUCCUCAAUCGCCCUCUCUGCUAAUUCGCAGGUGACAUUAUAUGAAGAAGAAAUAAAAUAGAUACAAACUGGGUUGACAGUGGACAGCAAAUGUGACUAAAACAUCGAAUGCAUCCGUGACUGUGAUCAUGGGGGUCACUGCCUCUAAGCAAGUUCAAUCAUUUGUUGUUGUUUUUUGUUGUUUUUUGUGUGGCUUUUUUCAUCUUUAGAUUCUGUAUUGUCUUCCUCCACUUUGUGAAUGCGUUGCUUUGGUUUCAGCGUUUAUAUCAAAACCUUUUACCCUACUCUCCCUUCGUGCUCUUUACUCUCCAUCCCAAUCCUUGCAAGCUGGAUGAAGUCACUUAAAGUCAACUAAGCCGUUGGCCCAGCAUCUGACUGCAUUUUGAUCUGAACAUGGAAUACUCAUAGAAUGUAUAGAAGUAGACAUUGAAGACUUGUGCAUCAUUGAGAAAUCGACUCACUAAAUUAGAGUCAAUCAAUUUAUUGUGAUAAAACUAUGGUUUAAAAAAACAAAAAUAUUUAAGGAAGAUUUAAGGGGAAAUUUUUGAAAUAUGCAAAUAUUUUAACACACAAGUCGCUCAGCCGAAAGAGUAUGACAUGAAAAAGUGGCUUUACCACGGCCAGUGCAAGGAGUCUUCUGAAAUAAGAUGGCUUACUGAAUGAAAGAAUGAUUUUAUUCUUCAUUAUAAUUUAUAUUUAUAGUAGUCAAUAGUUUUUUUUUGUUUUUUUGUGAUGUUGUUGUUGUUUUUUUUUGCUGUACUUUUAAAUUCUGAAAGAAGAAGAUCUUCAGUGUUAUUUUACAACAUAUCAUAAGGACAGAUACAAAUGAGCUGGAAUAUAAAAGGGCGUGGCGGCUUAAUGGUCUUCUUCACAAAAAGCCCAAGGUACUUGAAUUCUCGGGGCCGACCAGUCUGUUUCGAACAACCACCAAU